AUGUCCCCAACACAAGAAAAUAUUAGUGAUGAUCAAGAUUAUACAAUAGAAUUAACUGAAAGAGAUCCUCUUAAGGAAAAUAUUGAAGACACUAAACCAGAGGAGAAAAAGACAGUAAAAGCGACGCUUUUAAAUAUUUUCAGCAAUGUGACCGUAGAACCAACAAUGUUCUUAUUUAUGGUAUCGCUUCUUUUGACUAUGUUGACGUCACAAAACUUGAGUCUUGAAAAAGCAUGUCGCGUUAAUCUUAAUUUUACGACAGAUAUAUGUGAUUCCCUACACGCGCAAGAUAUAGAAAUCCAAAAUGAAUAUGAAAGAGACACACAGAAAUUAGUUACAUCUGCCAUGGCUUGGAAAACGUACUUGAGUGCAACUUUUCCUUGUGUUUUAGCUCUUUUUGUUGGCUCAUGGUCUGAUAGAACGGGGCGGAGAAAAGUUUUCAUCCUCAUACCAAUUGCAGGGCAGAUGCUUAUUUGCAUUAACGGUAUAUUAAAUACGUAUUUCUUCUAUGAACUACGUCUCGAAUAUUUUAUGUUAAGCGAAGGAAUUUUAGAAGGCUUUUCUGGUGGUUGGUGUGUUUGUUUUUUAGUGAUAUUUACAUAUAUCAGUGCUAUUACAACAAUUGAAAAUAGAACGUUUCGCAUGGGAUUAAUAAACUUCAGUUUAACAGCAGGGUUUCCAGUAGGAAUGGGUAUUAGUGGAAUAUUACUCAAAACUUACGGAUAUAAUGUUUGUUAUGGAUUGGCAUGUGCUGUACAUGCUGUUAACUUUACGUACAAUUUCUUCUUUUUAAAAGAUACGACAAAAACAAACGAUCAGAUGAAGGUAGGCGGCCAGGGCUUCUAUUACUUAUUACGUGUAUUUUUUGAUCCUACAAAUAUAAAAGAAAUAUUUACAACCAUAUUCAAAUACGGUCCUAAUAACAGAAGAGCGCGAAUUAUCGUUCUGAUAGUUGUUCUCACUGUCUUGUUUGGUCCCAUGCAUGGCGAAACAUCAAUUUUAUACAUAUCCACUAGAUACAGAUUCAACUGGGACGAAGUCAAAUUUAGUAUUUUUCAGACUUAUAAUUUUGUGACACAUUCCAUAGGUACUCUAUUUUCGAUACUCUUUUUAAGUAAAUAUUUAGGCUGGCACGAUGCCCUGCUUGGAAUUAUUUCCACUGUGAGCAAAAUUUUAGCAUCAUUUGCGUAUUGCUUUGCACGCAGCCAGUGGGUAUUUUUUCUCGCACCUUUAAUAGAAAUUUUGAACGGGACAUCGCUGUUGGCUUUGAGAUCAAUCCUUUCAAAAUUGGUAGCAGCCGAUGAAUUUGGUAAAGUUAACUCGUUACUUGCCUUAACUGAAAGUCUCAUGCCACUACUCUAUGUUCCGAUGUACACAAAAGUGUACAGCGCAACUAUGGAAGUACUGCCAGGAGCAGUUUUCCUGUUGGGAGCUGCCAUGACAAUACCAGCUGUUUGUGCAUUCACUUGGUUUUUCUAUGACUACCGAAAAAGUUUGAAAAGAUCGGUCAAACGAAGUAACGUCGACUAA